CUGGUCCUCACCGGUGCUCUGGGAGAGUGGAGAUGCUUCAUGGAGGUUCCUGGUCCACAGUGUGUGAUGCUGACUUUGACCAGCAGGAUGCAGAGGUUGUGUGUCAAGAGCUGGACUGUGGGAUUCCUGUGAAGGUUCUGGGAUCAGCUGCUUUUGGCAGAGGGGAGGGUCAGGUGUGGACAGAGGAGCUUCAGUGUAGAGGAAAUGAAUCUGAGAUUUACUUCUGUCCAUCAUCAUCUUCACUCAAACACUCAACCUGUUCCCAUGACAACGAUGUGGGAUUAAUAUGUUCUGGUCACACAGAGGCGCGGCUGGUGAACGGACCGGACUCCUGUUCUGGUUGAGUGGAGCUCCUGUACCUCGGUGUGUGGGGCACAGUUUGUGCCGUAGGCUGGGAUAUAAGAGCUGCAGAUGUUCUGUGUGCACAGCUGGAUU